CCCCUACCGGGCCGCGCCGAGGAACGAAGAUGGCCGGGCGCGCCGCGGGAACUGAGGGGCCGCCGGUAGCGGCUGCGGCAGCUCUGGGGCUGUGACUCCACGAGCGGCGGCGACUCGAGUGACCCAGGCGGCGCGGGCGGCGGCGCGCAGGGCCGGGCGGCAGGCGGGCGGCAGGCGGGCGCCGGUGCGCGGGCACCGGGCGGGGAUGCACCGGGCGCGGCGGGCGGCUCCCCGCGGCCGCCCCCGCGCCCCGGACGCCUGGCCUUAGUGCUGGCGGAGGAGGCGGCGCGCGUGGGGCGGCCGGGCGGCGGCGGGGCCCGCGCCGUCAUGCCGUGGCUGAGCGGCGGCCGGCGGCGGCGGCGGGGACAGCCGCGCGAGGCCCCGCGGGAGUCGCCUCAGCCCGCGCAGCCCCCGCGGGAGCCGCCGCCGCCCGCGCCCCCCGCCGCGGCCCCCGCGCCCCCCGCGCCCUCCGCGCCGCCACCCCCACGGGCCCGGGAGAGCGCCGAGCUGCCGCUCCCCGCCGGCUGGGAGGAGGCGCGCGACUACGACGGCCGCGUCUUCUACAUCGACCACAACACGCGCCAGACGUCGUGGAUCGACCCCCGUGACCGGAUAACAAAGCCAUUGACCUUUGCCGACUGUGUUGGGGAUGAACUUCCGUUAGGAUGGGAAACUGUAUAUGAUAAACAAAUUGGAAUUUAUUACAUGGACCACAUAAAUAAGCUUACCCAGAUUGAGGAUCCCAGAGAACAGUGGAGGCGGGAGCAGGAACGGAUGCUGAAGGAGUAUUUAAUUGUAGCCCAGGAGGCCCUCAACGCCAAGAAAGAAAUCUACCAGAUUAAGCAGCAGCGUUUCGAGCUGGCCCAGGAAGAAUACCAGCAGCUGCACAAGAUGUGCGAGGAUGACGGCCGCUCGUACGCCAGCUCCUUCUUUGGAUAUUCAACAAAUACAAAGUACGACCCAUACCAAAUUAAAGCAGAAAUAGCAAGUCGUCGGGAUAGGCUUUCCAGAUUAAAACGAGAGCUGACCCAGAUGAAGCAAGAACUGCAGUACAAAGAAAAGGGGGUGGAGACCCUGCAAGAGAUUGAUCGUAAGAUGUCAAGUGCUCACACCAAUUACAAACUGGAUGAGGCUCAGGCUAUAAUGAGCGAGCUCAGGACCAUCAAGAAAGCCAUUUGUACAGGCGAGAAGGAGAGGCGGGAUCUGAUGCAAAGCCUGGCCAAGCUGACCGAUGGCUUCAGGAAUAGCUGUUCUCUUACCGACCCUCUGCAAGAGCUCCCUCCCAGUGCAGGCGCGCUGGGCGAGUCUUUACCUCACCAGUUCUGCGAUGCUGGGUCUCAGACUGAGGUCAUCGGCGAGUUCGUCUUUGAUGAUAAAGCAAGGCUCGUGGACCGAGUCAGGCUUAACUGGCAGUAUGAGGAAGCCAGAAAGAGAGUCUCAAGUAUCCAGAGGCAGCUGGCCCAGUUUGAGAGCGAGUCCUGGCCGGGCAUGGCCGAGGCCGACAGGGACCGGCUUCAGCUCAUCAAGGAGAAGGAGGCCCUGCUUCAGGAGCUGCAGCUCAUCAUCCAGCAGAGGAGGCCGGCGGAGGACGUGGCCCGGCUGGAGGAGGAGCGGCGGCGCCUGGAGGAGGAGAUCCAGUGCUCCCGGGCCACAUCCGUGCAGGGUGCCACGGAAAGGAUUCUACUUCAGGAAAAAAGAAACUGUCUCCUGAUGCAGCUGGAAGAAGCUACCCGUCUAACGUCCUAUCUCCAGUCCCAGUUACAAAGCCUGUCCGCCAGCACCCUGACCAUCUCCUCGGGGAGCAGCCGCGGCUCCCUGGCCUCCAGCCGGGGCUCGCUGGCCUCCAGCCGGGGCUCCCUGAGCUCCGUCAGCUUCACCGACAUCUACGGCCUCCCGCAGUACGAGAAGCCCGACGCCGAGGGCGGCCCGCUCCUGCGCUUCGACCUCGUCCCCUUCGACUCCCUGGGCCGAGACGCCCCCUUGGUGGACGCCCCGGGCCCCGCGGGCCUCCACAAACAGAGGCGCUCCCUGGACACGCCGCAGUCCUUGGCGUCCCUGUCCUCGCGCUCCUCGCUGUCCUCGCUGUCCCCGCCCAGCUCGCCCUUGGACACGCCCUUCCUCCCGGCCUCGCGAGACUCGCCCCUGGCGCAGCUCGGGGACGCCUUCGAGGUGGCGGGCGUGGGUGCCCUGGACAGGCUGCGAGCUCAGGCCUCCGCAGUGGGGGACGAAGACACGCCGGGCGCGGCGUCCUUGCCGCCGCAUGGGUGUCCCGGGGACGGGGAAGGACCUCGUGAGCGAGGACCCCAAGCGGCUGCCGCUCCCACGGCUGCAACAGCGACCCCCCGAGAAGACAGCACCCAGAGGCUGGAGCGGAGAGCGCGCUGCGUGUCCGCCUGCCUGUCCGAUUACUCGCUGGCCAGCGACAGCGGCGUGUUUGAACCUCCCACCAAAAGGAGUGAGGAUGCUGACGACCCUGCGCGUGGAGAUGCUUGCGGUAACGAGGGGCCCCAGAUCCAUGUUGGAUUUUUGCACGACAGUGCCAGCGAGUGUCUCCUCGUGAACGUGCUCCAACUGAAGAACUUUGCUGGGCUGGUGGUGAAGGAAGACUGCAAAAUACACAUCCGCGUCUACUUGCCCCCGCUUGACUCCGGCACGCCAAACACUUACUGCUCUAAGGCUCUGGAAUUGCAAGCCCCCCUGAUAUUUAAUGAAGUUUUCAGAAUCCCUGUGCAUUCAAGCAUGGUGACGUUGAAGUCCCUUCAGUUAUACGUGUGCUCAGUGAAUCCGCAGCUGCAGGAAGAACUGCUGGGCAUUGCUCAGAUUAACUUGGCUGAUUACGAUGGUUCGAGUGAGAUGCAGCUGCGCUGGUACUCGGUGCAGGUGUUCACCGGCCCUGAGCCCCCGCGGCGGGAGGACGAGCGGCUGGGACACAGCGACUCCCGGGAUCCUGUGGCCGCCACGUCUGGAAAGACAGACGCGGUGACGGUGCUGCUGGCGAGAACCACGGCCCAGCUGCAGGCGGUGGAGAGAGAGCUGGCCGAGGAGCGGGUGAAGCUGGAGUACACGGAGGAGGAGGUCGUGGAGAUGGAGCGCAGGGCGGAGCAGGCCGAGGCUGUGUCCGAGAGGAGUUGGCAAGCCGACUCGGUGGACAGUGGCUGUAGCAGCUGCGCCCAGACCAGCCCCCCGCACCCAGAGCCCUGCUGCGUUGGUGUCAGCUCCAUCCAAGGACACACGUUUGCUGGCCAGGCAGACCCUUACGGCCCGGAGAAACUUCAGCCCCCACCUCUGAAGGUUGAUAAGGAAACCAACACAGAAGAUCUCUUCCCGGAAGAGGUGGUGAGUCUGCCGAAGGAGAGGCCCAGCCGCAGGGCCCGCGGCUCACCCUUCACGCGGAGCAGCACCGUUGUCCGUUCCCAGACUUUCUCGCCCGGAGCGCGAAGCCAGUACGUUUGCAGACUUUAUCGUAGUGACAGCGACAGUUCAACGCUGCCCCGGAAGUCCCCCUUUGUCCGAAACACUUUGGAAAGACGAACCCUUCGCUAUAAGCAGCCCUGCAGGUCCUCCCUGGCGGCGCUGGCGGCGCGCACGUCCCUGGACCUGGAGCUGGACCUCCAGGCGUCGCGGACGCGGCAGCGGCAGCUGAACGAGGAGCUGUGCGCCCUGCGCGAGCUGCGCCAGCGCCUGGAGGACGCCCAGCUCCGCGGCCACGCCGAGCCCCCGGCCUGGCUGCUGCGCGACGAGCGCUUCCGGAGCCUGCUGCGGGAGGCCGAGAGGCAGACGAGACAGACCAAACUUGACUUCCAUCAAGAACAGGCAGCUGAGAAGAUGCUGAAGAAGGCCUCCAAAGGGGUGUGCCAGCUGCGCGGGCAGAACCUCAAAGAGCCCAUCCAGGUGCAGGCGUUCAGGGAGAAGAUAGCAUUUUUUACAAGACCAAGGAUUAACGUACCUCCUCUGCCCGCCGACGAUGUUUGAUGUAGUGCUUUGUACACAUAAAGUAUUUAUCUGCCUGUUUUAUUUUCAUGAAGUUCUUAGACUAGCUAAAUUUGUCUUUAAAAUAUUUGUGCAAAGCUAUUAAUAUACACAUUUUGUAAAAAAUAAAUAAAAACAAAACACAUAUAUCUAUACAUAUAUAUUUUAUAAUAGUGACGGCAACAGGGCUUGGUUUUUCCUUGUUGUGAAAUUGACAUCUCUGAAGACAGGUUAUUUUAUAAGAGAUCAAUUAUCACGUUAAGAGUGUACAGUUUUUACGCUGUUUUAUUUGACUUAAAGGCUGGAAGACAGAAACGAAGUGAGUUCAGGCAAAUUCACUGUAUUGUAAUUUAUUUAUAGUACUUUUUUUUUCCUUGAAGGAAAAUACUGACUUUAAGAUGUAUUUUAAGACUGAAAUUUUGUUCUUCAGUAUUUGUCAUGCGGUAGAAUGGAACUUUGGGGCCGGUUUUGUGUCUGACAUCGGAAAUGCAAACACUAUGUGCUGAACUCGUCACUCGUCCCGUUUCUCCUGUGUGCAUUUAUCAUGUAUAUUGUACACUUUCGCACCCUUUGUGUUCUGUUAAGAUGCCACCUUAGGGGCUCAGGUCCUAAGUCAGUGCGGGGCGCGCUUUGCGGAGCUCGGUCUCCCGCGCGGGCUGGGCACCCAUAGCCCCUGGUUUCCGUGCACCUUUCCGUGCCCACCCCGGGGUCUGAGGCUGGUCACGGAGCCCCCGGCAGCCACACAGCUCACCCUCACCCGGCCUCGGCAGCCGCGCCUGCCUUUCCAGUCCGCCCCAUCUGAUCCUGACCGACAAGGAGGGCGGUGGUGGAGCUUCUGCUCUGCUGCUCUGCCCUGCAGGAAAGUGAAAAGAGAAGAAGGAAGGUGCGUUUUCACUGAGUCACUGGAUCCGCUGAUGGAUAGAGCAGUCACGACAUGGACACGAUAACCUUUGAAGGCGCUUUCUUGAGGAAGCCAGCUUCCGUGGGAACUACAACUACCCGGCGAGUCACUCACAGGAAAGCAUGUGCUUUCGAUCGGAGGGCCCCCGCCCCAUACUGGAGUCGUCCCAAUAUUUCGUAAGAAAUCUUAGAACUAGCUCAUGAGGAAGAAAUUCUUUACAUAAUAAAACUACACCAUCCUUUAAAAAUGCCAGGUGGUAUAGUUUGCCUAAUACGUAUUUAUUAUAUAUGAAAUGCACUCUCCUUCAUGAGGCCUCAGAGAAGUAAACGAGGUGAGUCACACAAAAUGUAAGAGAAAACGGAACCCUCCCCCUGGGUCUUUGUGCCCCUCCCUUGAAAGUGCCCCUCCCCCCUUAGCAGCAUCUCUCUUCUCCUUGGUCUGUAAGCACUCCCUUGUAUAACCCACCUUCCUUUUCACAUUUAUUAAAAAUGAAUUUUGUAAAAGCAUUUCAUUGAUAUGUGACCUAUCACGGACAGUGAAGUUGUCUGUGGUGGUAAGGCUGAAAACUCUGUGCUUUUUCACACUUGUCACUUCUUGCUAUGUAUUUCUGCCUCUAGUCCCGGUUUUUUUUCUUUUUUCUUUUGCUAAUUUCUCUGCAUAUAUACCCACAACAGAGGUAGAGACACAAAACACAUGAGUGCUUGCCAGAAGUGUCCCCCCAGGAGACAGCGUUGCUGCUCGGGUCAGGUUGGUGGCAGGCCCUCUCUGUCCCUAGCUGUUGAAACUUCAGAUUGAUGGGUUGGCUGCCGCUGGACUCGGGGGUGUGUGGAGAGCAAGUCAUAUGCGUCUGAGGUACAUGGCUCCCCAGACGUGGGAGAGCCCCGGCCGCGUUGCCGGGCCUGUGUUUAGGCACUGCCACUUGAAGCUCUAAGUGGGUGGAAGGGUUGAGGUAGCUUUCCUGCUAACCCCUACAAAGUAGCAACGUGGGAAAACCCACUGUGCCGAUACAGAAAGCCCGCAAGGGUUUUCAAAUGUCACUGCCCACUAGACACAGGUUUCUGUUUGGAAUGCUUCCCCACCCCAGAGUUAAAAAAAAAAAAGGAAAGAAAUCGCUCCUUUGCCCCACCAGAAACAAAUGCAGCCCCAGCUUUGGUGUCAGUUCAAGGAGCGCUGUGUUUUGCGCCUUUCCCCUGUGCUUCUCCGCCUCCCUCCUGCGUCUGUCUGCUUUCGCACCUGAAUGGGACCAUAGUCAGAAAGGAAGGAAAAGCUAGGCUGAUGAAGGACGGGGAGGUGACGGGUCCGUGCUACUCGCAGGCUGUGCUGGAAGUGGCACGUGGACAGCGACAGAGGCCAGGCCAGCAGGCAGGGCACGAGGCACCCUAACUGGCUUCUCUUUCGUGAUCGAUUGUGCAGCUUCCGACUAGUUAAGACUGCCACCCCCUGGAAAAUAUCCCACAUGUCCGAAAAGUGAAGUCCUGUCGUCUUAAGGGGUAUUUUCGUAUGUUUAAGUUUGCCCAUAAUCGUGCCUUGGACAAUCCGAAGUCUGCCACCAGGGUCCUUUAGAAACAGUGUGAUGAGUAAAAAGGGAAUUCGGUCUUCACUUCAUCUGGUCACGUAAUUGUCACCACCAAAAUAAGUAACCUUCUGUUGUGGGAAUAAGUUAUAAUCAGUAUUCAUCUCUAUUUUUGUCACUGUUCUAAUUGUGUCAUUUGUAUUGUUUGAAAGUAUUUCUUCUACAAAAUUAAACUAACCUGCCUUAAGAA